UUUGUGUUCCUGUCUACUGUAACAUGUUCUCGGACUCUGAUGUGUAGUACAAUUUGAACUUCCUAAAUAUUCGAUAUUCUAUAGAAGAAGAGUUAGCGUCAAUGUCCCCAGGCGUAUUUGUCGCUCAUUUGGAAAGGAUUCAGCUUAUUACAAACAAUCAAAGAAUGAUGUAGUUUUUUCCCUUUUUUGAAUUUCCAUAAUGCGAAAUCAGGCAGGACUCUCAUAUAUUGAAGAAAAUUGGGAAAAUUGCUGAUCCCGAUCAAUUGACUUUGCGAUGAGUUUCAGUGCAGUCCCGAACGUUCGGCAACAAAUGCCGAAUGAAAUUGCCCUUUCAGUGCUCAUGAUGGCUAGCCAAAACGAUGAAUUAGAACGCGCAUUAGCUUAUUGAUUUCAAACCAGAUGACUGAUCGUAAGUCAACAAAUUUGUCACUGCUACGACAGAUAAUCCGAUAAUGAUAACCAAAUUGGACGAUGAGCGAUCAAACCAAUGAUUCCUGCCAAAUGUGAUAACAGAACAGAAUCUAUGUAAUGGAAUAAUAGGAAAAAAUGUUUAAAAUGUUAUUGAAAACUUCUAACAUAAUAUUAAACCUAAAACAAAAAGGCAUUUGAAAAGUGUAUCGAACCUUGCAGCAAAAAAGGGAAGCGAUAGAAAACGGAAGACUCUAUGAGUGAGGCAGAUGAGAUGCUCUUUGGAUGGAUUUUUCUAUCAGAACACCAUAAUUCUACAUCGAAGAGGAAGAGAGGUGCAUGAGGGGCGAUCAAGCAAUAGGAAGACGAGGUAUCGAAAGGAACCAUGGUACGAAAGAGCCAACCCAGCCACGCGCGUAUUUGAUGCACGUGUGCGAGGAAUGUUUAUCAACGACUAUGCGAAGGUUUUAUAGUAACGACGAUAAGAGCAAAAGUACUCUUCUAAACCCACCCGACGGCACAGUGUUUCGAAGUCAAGCAUUUCAGUUUUGCAAACACAAAAGUACAAACAAAGAUCGUUUUGCGUUGCCGCCUUAGUUCACCAGCUGCGCCGCAGUGAUGAGUUGUUUUGAAAGUAUUUCCUUGCAAAAGAAAUGGUUCCAAACCCACCGUCCUGUAUGUAGUGUCCAAAUGAUGUGGAUUCUAGUCACAAUUAGCCUAGCUUACUUUUAAACAAGUGAUUCGACAAAACUCUGCUUCACUUUCGAUUAGCUUCCCGAUAGGGACAUCCUAACCUUUCACACUAGCAUAACCUGUAAACGUUGUAGCGCGCAAUACAUAAGCUAUCUCUAUUUGUUUAACUAUUUAACAAGAACUGCUGCAAACAAUCUAUCUGAUUACGAGGGGGUUCCAAGCAACGAUCCUCAUGGCGUUCAGGUGUACGAAACAGUAGAGAACCAGAAUCAAUAGUUGCAUAAGCGCUACAGAAUACUCCCAAAAGGAGGCGAGUGGAUCGGAAGGGAUUCUGUUUGUCGAAUUGCUUGAAAUUGUAUCAACCCGUUAAGCAUUAAGCACUCUGUACGAAACCAUGUCGUGUACAAGUAUUCCCAUCAUGUAAAUGUUUUCAUUGUGUUCCGCUAAUUGAUGGCAUGUGCAAAUGAAUUUCAUUGAUA